CACAUGCAGCUUUGCAAAGUUACAAACUAUUUGUUUGCACUUUGAGAACCAAACUAUUUGUUUGUUGAAGUGUAUCAUUCAGUUGCCAACAUUUUCAAAAACUUUGAAAUUAUUGGACGCCAGAUACUCAAUUGAUCCCACGGGCCACGGCACGUCUAUAUAAACAGCUUAACGUGAUUCUCUAGAUCCAUCCACCCUUCCAUCCAUUAGAAAGGAAAACAGCAGUAGUAGUGCACCAUGGCGCUCACCACGGGCACUAGCCAAGCCUUGCUCGAUGCUCAGCUCGAGCUUUGGAACACCACCUUCGCCUAUGUCAAGUCCAUGGCGCUCAAGUGCGCUCUGAACCUCCGCAUUGCCGAUGCCAUCCAACUCCAUGGCGACGGCGCCACUCUCCCCCAGAUAAUCGCCAAGGUCACGCUCCACCCGUCCAAGAUCCCAUGCCUGCGUCGCCUCAUGCACGUGCUCUCUGUCACCGGCGUCUUCAGCAUCCAGCAACCGGCUGACGACGGCGGCGAGCAAGUUUGUGGGCUCACGCCGGUAUCCCAACUUCUGGUUGGCUCCUCGAACUUGACUCCCUUCAUGACCUUGGUGCUGGAUAGCCUCGUUGUGUCCCCCUUCCUUGACCUCGGCGCAUGGUUCCAGCGCGAGCUCCCAGGUCCGUCCCUCUUCGAGAUGAAGCACGGGCAGAGCCUGUGGGAUUUCAUCAACCAAAACUCAGCGUUCUGUGCCCUCGUCGAUGGAGGGAUGGUCUCAGAUAGCAGCUUCAUCAUGGACAUCGUCAUCAAGGAGCACGACGACGUAUUCCAGGGUAUAAGCUCCCUGAUCGACGUUGUCGGGGGGCUCGGCGGCGCAGCCCAGGCCAUAGCAAAGGCAUUCCCGCAUGUGAACUGCAGCGUGCUGGAUCUCCCGCUAGUCAUCGCCAGUGCUCCCGCUAUCACUAAUGUGAAGUACACUGCCGGUGACAUGUUUGAGAGCAUUCCAUCGGCAAACGCUGUCUUCCUCAAGGUAUGUCGUUCAGUAUUAUUUUAUGUAGAGUUGUUACGGUGCUUGGGGGAACCUCAGGUUACUUCACCUCCAAAAUGUUUUCACGGUUGAUCUUGAUAAGGGCACUUUUGGAACAUCAUUUGUUAUAAAGAAGGAUAGUUUAGUAAUUGAUCCUUUAGCUAAUUAAGCCCUCGGAGCACCUCUCUGUCUCUUCUGCCACCAGUCUUCCUCAUCUCUGAACCGCUCUGCUCUCGUCCCGCUCGAGUGCUCUGGUCGACGGUUGUCUCCUCCGCCGCCUCCCUUCCCCGGUCAUCCUCCUUGUGAAGCCGACGUGACAACGGCUGCCUGCCUGGCUAACUCCCGUGGCGAACCCUAGCGGUGGGCAGCAAGAUGCGCGUGGGGUGCAGCAGGGUAGGUCCGUCGGCUCUGUCUCCCACCGCCGCCACCCUAUGCCUCCUCCAUCGGUUGGCGUACAUGGCCGACCCCACGCCGGUCGACGCUGACGGCCGUCUGCCUGCUACACCAAGGUCGUGCAGUGGAGGCCUAAAUCGACCUCCCCGCUGCUGAAAUUGAGGUCCUCGUGAACCAAAUUGAGAUCCCGAUGAUGGAAACGAGCUCCCUGCUGCCCACAUUAAGCUCCCCACUGCCGAGCUCCUGCUCCAUGCCACCUAAAUCUAGCUCCCCGCCACCCAGAUUGAGCUCUUUCCACCCAACGACCUCCCCACCGCCAGAGUGAGCUCAUCACUCACCUGUAAUGCCCUCGCCUGCUCGGCUCGCCCACCGCAGGCUACAGCACCGC